AUGGGAGAAAGCAAUAUCAGUGAACCAGUAUUUACCUUUUUGAAUCUGAAGAAAUUGCUCGUCGAUUACAAACCAGUGAGAGAAACAAAUGUAUCUGCAGCAAACAUUCUUCUUGUUGGACAAAUUGGCGCGGGAAAGUCCAGCUUUUUCAACUCUGUCAACUCGGUUUUUCGGGGGAAAAUCACCAGUAAAGCCUCCAGUGGGAGCUUUGAGCACAGUGUGACAACAGCAUUCAGAAAAUACAAAAUCAAAGAUUUCACGUCAGGAAAAUUCCUUAACCUUCGCUUGUGUGAUACAAGAGGCUUUGAGGACGAACUUGCAAUGGAUAUACAAGAAAUAACUUAUAUCUUGGAUGGGAAUGUCCCGGAUCAGUACCAGUUCAAUCCAAUGGUACCAAUUACACCAGAUAGCCCUAGGUUUAUUAGAGGCCCGGAUCUAACUGAUAAAAUUCACUGCGUGGCUUUCGUUGUGGAUGGUAGCACUAUUGACGUCAUGCCUGACAAAGUUCGUAAGCAGAUAAAAGAUCUACAAGUCAUAUUAAACCAGAGAAACCUGCCACAAGUAGUACUAAUGACCAAACUAGACAAAAUAUGUCCCGAUGUGGAGGAAGAUAUCUCAAACACGUUCUCGAGUACAGCCAUUGCUAACGCUGUAAAGAAAGUGGGAGAAAUGAUGGGUCUUCCACGUGGUCAUGUUUUUCCGAUAAAAAACUUCGAAAAGGAGACGAAGCUGACUCUAGGUGUGGGCUUUCUCCUGAUGGACGCUCUACAACAGUGUCUGGACUUCGCAGAUGAUUUCAUGGAUGGACAGCUUGACAAGAUGGAUUCCGAGGGAAAAAAGACAAGAGAAAAGAUUGGAUACAUGUGUACUUUGUCUUAGGUUUAAAUUUGUCAUAAAAACUACUACUUAUAUAGACCUGGUCUGUAGUACACAAAUUCUAUUUUGGAGGAGGUCGUAUUAACCUCAUGAGAAGAUGGCUCACGGAAUCAUUCAGAUUUUUUUUAUAAUCAGCAUUUGAAUGCUAUUGAGAGGAAAUUGACAGUGCUUUAUGUUCAAAUCACAACCACCUGAACUGUGUUCUUAUAAAUGAUUACUGGUCUUUUUUAACAAUAGGAAAAAAUGUUGCCAACAAAGUAACCCUAACAAUAUUCAUAAAAUGGCUGCUUAGGCAAAUAUUUGGGAAUGUCAUCUUGUUUUUUUUUAGGGAAACCAUUGUGUAGCAUGAAGAUUCGAUGCGAGAACAAUGUGUGUUUAUAAUG